UUGUCCCGGCUGGCGCCCCGGGCGAAUUGAUUUACGGCUUAAUCGGGCUUAUGCGUGUUAUUGAUUUGCCCACGCGCGACGGCGUUCGACCGACCGUCUGGCCGAGCGGCUGCAGUAGUUGGCGGCGAGUUAGCGCGCCGAACAGCAGCUGGUACGCUUCGAGCCGCAUUUCAUUUUCGUCGCGUCGUCGUGCUAUAAAUAAGACCGUCGUUUGAGCGCGGGUGUGGGUCCGCGCACACGGAACCGCGUCGCGUCGGCUGGACAGCGGCAAGUCCGAAGUCGCGUGCACACUCGUCCGCUGCGAACGAGCGUCGGGCGCGAAGUCGGCGGAGUCCAAAAACGGGGGUGCCACUGCCUCCACGGAGUGUCGAUCGCGGCCGCCGUCCGGCCGGGAACGAAUCGGCGGAGGAGAUUCGAGCGUGCUGCGGAUAUCCGCGACGAGCAGAGAAAGUGCAGACUAUACUCGUACUAAUCAAAAAAAAAAUUAAAUCAGCUAAAAAAAAAACCACAUUAAAAAGUGUCGAUCAUAACCGUAUGUAAAGCUGUCGAAGAAAUGAAUACAUUUAAAAAUCAACCAAAUACUAAACUUAUCAAUGCUUCAACUUUGAAAAAAAUAGCUGCGAAAACAUCAGAAACUGGGCCGUCUACAUCAUCCGCCCCGACCGUUCAGUCAAAUCAGAUAUUACUAAUUAAUAAUGCCGAAGGACAACCUAUAUCUGGUAUAUUGUUACCUUCUAAUCAUUUUAUGUUGAAAUUAAAUCAAAACCAACCCCAACCCGAAUCAGAUCCUGAUGAUAACAGCGAGCGUGAAUCUACUUCGAAAUAUUUUUCAAUGAAUAAGAGUGAAAAGAAAAUGUUUAGAGAAACAUUUUUUCGUACACUUCUCGACUUUAUGCAUGAAAUUGUGAAAGAUGGUCGCAUUGUUAGUUCUUCUGAUCAUAUUUGGGAACGUGUUGCUUCAAAAUUAGAUAAUAUACUUAAACCUAAAAGUAUUUACAAUCGUUUUAUUCUAAAUAAACAUUCUUGCAGAACAAGAUUAAUUGAAGCAUAUCUUAAAGACCCUAAAAGUCAAACUACAGAUUUAUCUAUACUAAACCAUAUGAUGAAAACGGAUAUGCACCAUGUAGUUGUUGAAAAAAGACCGGGUCAUGUUGAUAACGAAACAUUUUACGAUGCUUUAUUCAUGUUUAAAGAUAAGGUUCUUAAAGAUGGAGAGGUGGCGCCGAGUGUAGAUUCUGUUUGGAAUCAAAUCUCAGCACACUUGAAUUAUGCUUUAAAGCCCAAUAGUAUUUACUUGAGAUUUAAACGUAAUACCCACAACUGUCAUAAAAAAUUGCUUACUCAUUGUAAACUUGAUCCCUCCAAAGCCAAGACCUAUGAAGUUCCAAGUCGAAAAUUUGUACCAUCCAUGGAAAAGAUACAAAACAAAGUAAAAAAGAAAAGUUUGAAAUUUGAAGAUUCUUCUAAAUUUUUCAAAGCAUUAUACACUCAUAGGAGAAAAAUAAUACAGAAUGGGUCAAUAGCAAGAUACAAUAAUUCGGUAUGGAAUGAAGUGGCAAAUAUGUUAGAUUACGCUUUGCAGCCAUCUGAUGUCCAUUCAAAAUUUAUUCGUAAUCAUGACUUAUGCCAGACUAAACUUAUUGAGGCAUGCAAAGAAGAUGAGAAUUUUACUCCAUUAAUUGUUCCAAAAUUGAACAAGCCUAAUAGUGUAUCCGAUGAAGCUUUUUUCAAUGUAUUAUGUAAAUACCGUGAUGAUAUUUUACAAAAUGGAAGUGAAAUAGCUAAAUUUUCAAACCCUGUUUGGACUCGAAUUUCAAGAGACCUUAACGAUACUUUAAAACCAGCAACUGUGUACUUCAGAGUAACAAGAAAUUCUCAACUAUGCUUAAAUAGACUUCUUAAACCUACUGGAUUAUUAAAAGAUUACAAAGACACAAUUCAUAAAGACCGUUUUUUUGAAACUAUAUGCUUGUAUAAAUAUUCAAUAAUGAAUGGUGAUCAAGUCGUAGAUUUAAGUGAUCCUGUUUGGAACGAAAUUUCUCUUCGAUUAAAUUCUGAAUUAUCUCCUGGAGUCAUCUAUGAUACAAUUCUUACAGAUAAAGAUUUGUGCAAGACAAAAAUGAUUCAAGCUCUUAAAACAGAACGCACUGUGUUUUCUGGAGAACAACCUGAAGUAUCAGAAAAUAUGUCUGAAUUAACGCCAAUAGUUGAAUGUGAUAUUUUCAAUGAAUCGAAUGUUGAUUUUAUUGACAUAAUUGAUGAAUUUAAGGAUUCUAUCUUACUAGCCAGUGGAGAAUUACCUUCAAAAAGUGAUCCUGUGUGGAGACAAAUAUCAAGUCGUUUGAAAGAUGCGAAUGCAGAUGAUGUUUAUUCAUACAUCAUGAACGAUACUCAAAAUUUCCGUAAUCGACUUUUUGGUAAAAGUCAUUUUCCUAGAGAAGACUUAGUUGAAGCUAUAUUUGCACACAGACAAUCAGUUAUAAAGAAUAAUACUAUCGCAAAUAUUAACGAUGCAGUUUGGGCAAAGAUUAGUCAAGAAAUAAAUCAUGCACUGAAACCCAAAGAAAUUUAUAUGAGGUACAUUAAUGAUAUAGAUUGUUGCUAUUCUAGUGUAUUAAGAGCUUCAAAAAACGAUUUAAAUUGCUCUCAAAGUAUUGAUAAAGACAAAUUUUUAGAUUUGCUAAUUAAUCAUAAGGACGCUAUAUUUAAACAUGGAUUAUAUGCUAAUCGUAGUGAUCCAGUUUGGAAAGAAAUCGCAUCUAAACUUAAUUUUUCUGUAAAACCAUUAGCUAUUUAUAAUAACUUCUUGUUAAACAGAUACAAUUGCCAACAAAAAGUUCAAGAAGCUUAUGAAGCAAAUUCUUCACAGAUUUCAUCAAAAAUUACUUCUCAGAUGGACCACGAUUAUACGAGAGGUGACGCAGAUACUAGUUUUGAAGAUUUGAUAUCCAUGAGACAAAAAGUUGGCUAUGUACAAGAAAAUGACUUUAUUGAAGCUUGUUUAAUGUUCAGAAAAAGAUUAGUGAAAAAUAACAGUAUAGUCCCGUCUACUGAUAAUGUUUGGAAUGAUAUAUCGAAGCACCUUAACUAUGCAAUCAAAGCUAAAACAGCUUAUUUGAGGUUUAAGCGUAACACUCAUAAUUGUCAAGGAAAAUUGUUGGAACAUUUUAAAUUAAACAACGUUUCACACGAAGAAGAUGAAGAUUUAAAUUCUGUUGAAGACCAAAGUAUUGAAGAUGAGAUGUUCUUUGAUGCAAUAUCAAUUUUCAAACAUUCCAUUAUUAAUAAUGGUGUUUUUGCUAUGGCAUCUAGCCCUGUUUGGAUAGACGUUUCAAAUUUAAUGAAUAAUUUACUCACUCCAGAUGAAGCGUUUUGGAAGUUUCGUCAAAACAGUGAUUCAUGUAGAUCGAAAUUAAUUAAAAAGUGUUUAGCAGAUUGGACCAACGAACCUUCAUCGGUAACUAAAAAUCGAAUUCAAGUAAUUAAUUCUAAAGAAAAAUCGUGGAAAGAAACGUUAAUAUCUGAACUAACUGCAAGAAUGGAUAAAAAACAAAACAAAAAAUCAUUAAAUUUAAAUGAUGAUGUAUUUUAUGAUGCCAUUUAUAAAUAUAAAAGUGAUAUAUUUCAUAAUGACUUGAUUGCAAGCUGUACAAGUCCUGUAUGGACAGCUAUAGCCAAGGAGUUAAACAAUGAAAUGGAACCAUCAACCGUUUACUUAAGGUUCAGGAAUAACAUGACUAAAUGCAACCUGAAGUUUGCAGAAGCUGCUCAGAGACACAAUACCUAUCAAUUAAAACAAAAACAAUUAUUAACUGAAGAUAAUUCUAAUGAUUCAUGUGAUGAACAGAUGAUUAUGGAUUAUGAUGACGAAGAAAUUAUAGAAAUUGAAUCUGAUACGGAAAGUGUUCAAACAAAGGAUAACUGACAUAUCCAUAAAACUAAACCUAUGCAAAUAGAUUUGCAAAUAGUUUAACAUGAAAAUAAAUGAAAAUGAUACUUUCAACAUAUUUGGUUUAUUGAUUACAGCUGAUUCGCAAACGAUAAAUAAAACUUAUAUUUAUCUUAAUUUGAAAUGGAAUUUAAUAAAGAUCUCUUAGAUAAAUUUGUUUUUUUUAUUAUUAUUAUUAUUAUUAUACUUAAAAUAUACUUAAUAAUGACUGAUUAAUGUUACCUGUAAUUUUAAUUUGAUUCAU